GCUAUGACCCACACGCCUUAAAUUUUAUUUUUGAACCAAAAUCCAUACUCAAUAUAAAUUAAAAAAAAAAAAAAAUAUAUAAAAUUCAUUUUAAUAAUGAAAUUUUGGCCUUUGUUAAUCCUGCUGUUGGUCUCUGGCAUUAAACAGGCAAAUGUCUUUCAGCCAAGAAAUGUGGUGCCCAAGCGUUGCGAGUUCUUGUUGAAAGGUAACCAGAUCUAUGAGAGGACAUGCCAGGGAAGGUAUCCUUUGGUGGCUUUUACCAAAUACCGGGAUACAUUGGUUAAGGUCGGCGAACCGUACUCCAUGUACGUGUCCAUUUCCCUGGAGAAUGUCUUGGUGGUGCAGAAGAAAUCACCGCUCCAGGAUUGCUACACUUUGGAGUUUAAGAACAGCAAUACUUUCCACUGUUUGGACACCAAUCGCAAUGAGACAGUGUCCCUGGAUCAGGCAAAUAUGUUUUGCUUUCCAUUUCACAUCCAGCUGCCGGAUGACCUGAUGAACGAGUGCUUGAUUCAGAAUGAAAUGACCCAUCAUGCCCAUAGAUUGGACCAGGUUGUUAGCACCAAACGGGCCAUUGUCCACUACACUUAUGGCGACAGUGGAGCUCAAUCUUUAAGGAUCCCAACGAGGCACCUUUAUCAUCAUCCUCCACCUCCUCUCUUGAUUCUCUGUCUGCUCCGUAUCCUUCUCGAGGAGAGGAGCAAUCGUAAAUUUUAAUGUCCUCCCAUAAAGAUUAAUCGAUUGGAUGAGAAGCUCAUGAGAUGAUGUUGGGCAGAAAUUAUGGUUGGAAAAAACAAUAUAUAUAAUAUUUUUAUGUAUUCACUGAACUGGCCUGGCUGGCCUCACUUAUUUACCUUAUGACGGAGCAAAAUUAAUAUGUAUUAAAAAGCA